AUGAAGAUGAUGGAUGUUCAGACUCCACCUUCUUCUCCUCUGACUGACAGUGAUCAGAUCCCAGAUCUGAUCCUGCUCUGUGGACCUGUGCGCCUGCACCUCGUCCUCCCGGUGCGUCAGGUGUCUGCAGAGUAUCAGCAGCAGUGUUCGUGCCUGCGCGCUGAAAGAGAAAGUCCUUUGCCUACCGUGAUCCUCAACAUCUCCCGUGACGGGCAGCGGUCACGGAAACAGUGCGAGACGAGGGGAGAGCCGCGGAGGAGGGGGCAGCGCACACCGAGCCAUUUUCUUGGAAGAGCCAGCGUCGUUGAUGGGAAGAGGAUGCACUGCGGGCUGCUGGAGGAGCCUGACAUGGAUUCCACAGGGUCUUUCCACCUGAUUCACCUCAUGUUUGAUGACUACGUGCUCUACCUGUUGGAGUCGCUCCACUUCCAGGAGCGAGCCAACGACCUCAUGAAGGCCAUGAAGGGCGAAGGAAGUCCAGCGGAGCGAGAGCAGGAGUUCACGCUGACAGAAACCACCCCCACCUCCCCGUCUCCUGGAUCCUACUCUCCCGCACGCUCCGUCCAAUCCGUGGACGUGUCCUCGGCCAGCUCCCCCACCGCCGCCCUGUCCCCGGAGUACACCGGAGUCACCACCUCCACAGGCGCCGUUCAGUCAUAUACCUGGUCCCUUACAUACACAGUGACAACAGCAGGCGGCGCCACGCCGGAGACGGGACAGCAGCUGUCCUGUAUGAGGAGCAGCCCCCCCGUCCCUCCCCCGUCCUCCACCCACAGGAUGCCGGUGUACAGAGAGGAAUACGGGUACACCGGUAGCUACAACUACGGCAGUUACACCAACCAGCACCCCCACUCCAUUCAGAGCCAGUACCAGAGCCUGGGCCACGACCCGGCCAUCCCCGCCCCCCUCCACUACUCCGCCUAUCACCGCUCCUCUGCACAGUACCAACUCAACGGCCAGAUGUCUCGAAUGGAGCCCUGCUUGAUGGGCAGCACUCCUCGGUUGCACCCCACGCCUGUCGCCCCCCGCUGGCCAGAUGUGUCCCCCACUAACAGCUGUUACACCAGCCCACCUUUGCACUCGUCCCGUUACGCCACCUCUGGAGAUAUGUACUCUCCUCUGGGGCCCCGCAGGAACUCGGACUACGAACACUCGCAGCAUUUUCCCGGCUUCGCCUACAUCAACGGGGAGGCCACGACCGGCUGGGCCAAAUAGCUCUUUGAACUCUGCUUCGGACAUCUUCACACGAGCGCCGAGCCUGGGGACACCGGCAGCUGCAACGGCUCUGUCAAUCACAAGAAGGAGGCUGAACUGACAGACGGUGUCAAUCUUUGUAAAGAUUGUGACGUAAUCUGAGCGGAGGUUUGUUAAUCUGACUUCAGCUGUCGAUGGAAGGAAUAGAAAUCUCAACCAGAUUAUCAAACCGUGCAGCAAAAAUAAUUCGAAGAGUGCAAUGCUGCUGCCAUGCUGUGCCUUUGUUUUAAGGAAUGCACACGUCUGUCAGGGUUCACACACACACACACACACCACUCCAACAACAGUCGAGCGUGUGUGUUGUCAGUGGAUACUGACACCAGUGCAGCACCAGUAACAGCAGGUUUGCUGGUGUCCGCUCUGUGCAGAGACGAGCUGUACUGCCUUAACCCUCCUGGGACGCCAGAUACCUGCAAGGUGACGACCAUCCAUGUGUUUU